AGGAGUGCAGUGCCCUGGGGGACAUGCCCGGCUCCUUCGUGCCCACGGUGACGGCCAUCACCACCAGCCAGGACCUGCAGUGGCUGGUGCAGCCCACCCUCAUCUCCUCGGUGGCCCCGGGGGCUCCGAUGGCGCAGCCCCCGCCCCCCCUCGACCCCUACGACCUGCCCGGACCCAGCUACUCCACCCCCGGCCUGGGCGCCUUCGCGGGACCCCCGGCCCCGACCCCCGCCCGGGCCCCCCGCGCCCGCCCCCGGCGCAGCCGCGACGAGACGCUGACGCCCGAGGAGGAGGAAAAGCGCCGCGUGCGCCGCGAGAGGAACAAGUUGGCGGCGGCCAAAUGUCGGAACCGGCGCCGGGAGCUGACGGACCGGCUGCAGGCG